AGAUCCAUAUCACAUGAAUCGAGGUACGUGUGCAUUAGUUAUGCCGCUAUCUGUAACGGUGUUUGUUUGUCCGUUAACGUCAGCUUGGCAAUCUCCGCCUACUUUUCUCUCUGCUCUGUGCGUCUGCAGCAAGUUCGUGUUCCUUUAAUCCCGUUAUUGUGGCUUUUAAUUUUGUGUCAAAUCCUCACUAAUUAGCUUCUUCAUAAUCUCAUUUGUCAUUGUACUAUCAUUAAUUUUCCUUAAUUAAGGCGCUUAACCACCAACACCCUCUGAAUAUUUAUACGUCUCGCUCCCUCUUCAGCUCUAUAAACUCCAAUUUCAAAGAUUGAUGAUGACCAGAAGUGCCCAAAGCAGAAGAAACGAAACCCUAGAUUCCUCGAUUCUCUAAAUUCUCCUCUUUCUUUAUACCUUUGCUCUCCAUACCCUCUGUAAAACCCACCUCAAGUUCCCAAUUCCAAGUCCUCUAGGGUUUGGUUCUUGGAUGGAUUUUCAAUUGGCCAAGAAAGGGUUCGAUUUCUCCCGGAGCAAGAAGAAAUGGCUGAUUUUACUAGCCCUCUCUGGUGUCUCUGGUUAUGGACUUUACAAGGUGUAUAAUUUGCCAUCCGUGGUUAUGAAAAGGAGGAGAUUGAUCAAACUUAUGGGAGCCUUAAUUUCUAUUGCUGAAAUGGUGUCCGAUUCCGCUGAGACGAUUGACAUUGUUUCAAGGGAUUUGAAGGAGUUUCUGCGUUCCGAUUCGGAUGAAAUUCCGAAUAGCUUCAAACAAAUUUCUAAGAUUGUCAAUUCGGAUGAGUUCUCCCAGUUGUUGACUGGGGUUUCUCAGGCGUUCACAGUUGGGAUUCUGAGAGGCUAUAAGUUGGAGUCAACAAAUGAUCAAUUGGCAUCAGGUUCAAGGAAUUCAAGUUUCGCUGAUAAGGCGAUGGACAGGUUGUUCUCUACUGCUGGGACUGGGUUUGUUUCGGUCGUUGUUGGUAGUUUUGCCAGGAAUUUGGUUUUGGGGUUUUAUUCUAACGUUGGAGCUGGUGUGGAUCAAAGUGAAUCGAGCAUAUCGGAAAUGCCGAGAUGGGUUAGUGUGGUUUGUGAUGACCGCUGCAGGCAGCUUAUAGCUGAUUGCAUACAGAAUUUUGUGAGCACGGCAAUCGCUGUUUAUCUUGAUAAGACAAUGGAUAUCAACACUUAUGAUGAGUUGUUCUCUGGCUUGACCAAUCCCAAGCAUCAAACCAAUAUGAGAGAGGUUCUGGUUUCUGUCUGUAAUGGUGCUGUAGAAACGCUUGUUAAAACAUCUCACCAGGUGUUGACAAAUUCAAAUUCCAAUUCCAACCUGAAUUCAGGUUCCAAUUCUCGUUCUGCAUAUUCAAUUGUUGAGCAGAGUGAAAGACCAAGCAGAGAUGAUUGUCUCAAGCAAGAAGUAUGUUUGAAAGAUGGAUACUCACUUGAAGGGGUUCAGAACCGUGGAUGGUUUGGUAAGGUUUCAUCCACUUUGGCUGUGCCAAGCAAUAGGAAGUUUGUGCUGGAUGUGACUGGGAGGGUGACUUACGCAACGAUAAGGUCUAUUGUGGAGUUGUUCUUAUGGAAGAUAUCAGAUUGUUUGAAGAGAAUACAUAAUGUAGUUCAUGAAGAGGUUGUAGAAAGGGGACUAGAGGUUAUUAGAUACUUUGGGGCAAAGUCGUCUGUUAUUGUUACCAUAUGUCUUGCCCUGUAUUUGCAUGUUCUGGGUGGCACUCGGAUUCUCUUACCUGCUUAAAUUGAUGGCCUUGUCCCUCCCUAAUAAAGCAUUUCUGUUUAUGACAUAGACCUGUUUUGUAUGUAUGUCUUUGUAUCCUCAGUUCAAAAGCUUAAUGAAAUAUUAGCUCACCUUCUCAUUU